GAUCUAUUCUAUUCUACUAAUUUGGCUAAGUACUCAGCUUGUAUUAGAAAUUUUGACUAAGCAAACAGCCAUGAGACCUACUUCUAAAGCAUUUAUUCUGCUAGUUUUAUUUCUCAUCUUUGUGUCAUCAGGUACUGUUGAAGGCAGCUUGGGCAAUGGCGUUAACCGCAUUCACAAAUUUCAUAAGGUAUUAGAGAAGAUGAGAGAAGUACCAAGAAAGUUGAUGGCGGUGGAUGCAAUGUUAGAUUAUGACUAUGCAGGACCUAAUCCCAGGCAUGAUCCCACUAGAAAGAGAGGUGGCAAUCACCCUUGAACACUAUUACAUGUCACGUAAUAUGUAUAAAUAAAUUAUCAAGAAACCAGUAAGCUGGUUUUCUUAGAAUCCAGAACCCAUAAAUUCAAUAUCUUUUUUCCGCGCCUCCGAUGAGUCACUUCUCUAUUCAUAUAUAUAUAUAUAUAUAUAUAUAUAUAUAUAUAUAUGCUAUAUAGUAUUAAUGUCUAAUAAGAAUUGCAACAGUCCCUUGAGAUGUUGCUUGAAUUUUGGCUUGAGCCUCUCUGCUAUGUAAGCUAGAUAUAUGUUAGCACUAUUAUAUUAUGUUGUUUGAAUUUUGAAAUAGUGAAA